CCUGCGCCGACCCCGCCGCACCCGAACCAAAAGCGAAAGGAGCCGCGUCUCCCGAGUGGCGUCCGCGGGGAGGUCCGCGCGCCUCCCAUUCCGCGGGGCCGCCACUUUGUGACUUCACUCGCUUCGCAACAAGCCCGGGCCACUCGCGCCCCACCCACCCGGCCCGCCGCUCGGCCGCCCGCAGGCUCCUCCGCUCUCCGCGCUUCCCUUCCCUCCGGCCUGGCCUGCCUCCCGCGUCGCGGAGUCGCCCAUCGCGCCGCCCGUGGCCGCGCGCACCGCAAGGUGGCCGCCGCCUGGACGGCUGGCACGUGGCGCCCCCGCCCCCGGAGCUGCCCGGCGCCCGGCCCGGCGGAGCGCCGCGCACCCCAGGCGGCGCGAUGCCGCGCUUCCUAAAGGGAAUGGCCUUCGUCCCCUUCCUCCUGGUGACCUGGUCAUCCGCCGCCUUCAUCAUCUCCUAUGUGGUCGCUGUGCUCUCCGGGCACGUCAACCCCUUCCUCCCCUACAUCAGUGAUACAGGAACAACACCUCCAGAGAGUGGUAUUUUUGGAUUCAUGAUAAACUUCUCUGCAUUUCUUGGUGCAGCCACGAUGUACACAAGAUACAAAAUCGUGGAAAAGCAGAAUCAGACCAGCUACUUCAGCACUCCUGUCUUUAACCUGGUGUCCUUAGUUCUGGGAUUGGUGGGAUGUAUCGGAAUGGGCAUUGUUGCCAAUUUUCAGGAGUUAGCGGUCCCUGUGGUCCAUGAUGGUGGUGCCCUUCUGGCCUUUGUCUGCGGUGUGGUGUACACACUCCUGCAAUCCAUCAUCUCCUACAAGUCCUGUCCCCAGUGGAACGCCCUCUCCACCUGCCGCGUACGGAUGGCCAUCUCCUUCAUUUCCUGCGCAGCUGUCAUCCCCAUGAUUACCUGUGCUUCACUGAUUUCCAUAACCAAGCUGGAGUGGAAUCCCCAAGAAAAGGAUUAUGCAUAUCAUGUGGUGAGUGCGAUCUGUGAAUGGACAGUGGCCUUCGGUUUUAUUUUUUACUUCCUAACGUUCAUCCAUGAUUUCCAGAGUGUCACCCUGAGGAUAUCCACAGAACUUAAUAAUGACAUCUGAAGAAAGAGGAAUGGUAUCUUACUCGUUGCAAGUCGCAGACAGUUUCUAGAUGUGGCACAGGGGACAGAUAGGCUAUGAAUGCUGCCCUGUAGCAGGCAGGCAUCUGUGGCACACCCAGGACUUGAGUUUCACGAAGAAUUCCCAAUAGUUGUCCUAUUUCCAAAGGGAUGUUUUCCUAGAGAAUGUAGAGCACUUAUGACCUAGCAAUGUUUGUAUAAUUUUCUAAACUGGUACUUUUUUUAUAUUCACAAGUUCAUUACACAAAAGAUAAGGUGUUACGGAAAAUGGAGAGCUCUUAUUUUUGUACAGAUUCUGUUUUGUUGUUUCUUUGUGUGUGAGUGAUUUCUGGAAAUACACUAAAUGAGGAAUUUACUAACAAGUAACCUCAGGAUAUUUUGAGAAUAAACUAUAAUUUCAUAUGAGGGCAUUUGUACACUUCAAUUUAUAGUGAUCAUCAAGAUUUAGUUAAUAAAAGAACUCUAGCUAUGACACUGAUUCUUAAAUGAAUUAAAUAAGCCAAAUGCUUUUAUCAAAAAGCCUUAAUACCACCAUACACAUUAAUGCUCCACAGAAAACCUCAGUUUUGAACUUCUGCCUUGCUCACAGGAGCCAGAGGCUUUUCCUUUGCUGCUGAUUGGCAGUUUGUAAUGGGCAUACUUUUAAAAAAUACAUGUUGUUGUUUUUUUUAAUUGAUUUCAGAGAGAGGAAGGGAGAGGGAGAGAGGGAUAGAAACAUCAAAGAUGAGUGAGAAUCAUUGAUUGGCUGCCUCCUGCACGCUCCCUACUGGGGGAUUGAGCCUACAACCCUGGCAUGUGCCCUGACAGGGAUUCAAACCGUGACCUCCUGGUUCAUGGCUCCAUGCUCUGCCAUGGCUGGCUGGGAUGGAUUCAGCAGUGCUGGUUAGAAAUCACAAACCUUUCACAGCAGAGUAACAUGGAGGUGAGCAGCUAAAGGGAAAACCUCCCUGAAUUCGGGUUGAGCAAGGAGGGAAAGUGAGUCUCAGGGACAUUCGUGGAAGGCGGGACUAUAGGAAGGAGACUUGUACUUGAUACCAAACCUCUGCCAAGUUACGACAGACCCAGGAAUGGUUAUCAGGUCCCUCUGGGGAGCACUGAGGAGAUAGAUGGUUUGUCCCAUGCUGUGGGUCCCCAUGAUCACCCUGGAACUGGAAGACUGAUCAAAGCUAUGUCGAGCAGUUGUUUUUCUGAAGGGAGGAGGAAUGCCACAUGCCUUUAGCAUGGAAACUGCAGUUCAUGGUUGGUCUCACUUUGGACAGACUUGUUAUCAGCACCUCCUUAUGCAUGGUCUUUCUCUUUUCCACAUCUCUCUGUGAGAUUAGAUUGGGAGCUCCUUGAGGGCAGAGUAUGCGCCUUACUCUUGAUCCUUAUAACUCUAGCAUUUAACCAGGCACCACCUGGUACACCAUAGGUGCUUAAUAAACACUCAUUGACUUCAUGAAUGAAUGAGUGAACAUAUAAAGGAAUGACUAGAGAUAUUUGUAGUGCUGCCUACUGAGAUUUACACUGAUUCGCCAGUUAAGUGAUGGAUCAAUAGUUGUUGACUGUUUUUGUUUCAUGUACUGUAAACAUUUCAGUUGUGUGGGCUUCACUAUUCUCUGACAACUCUCUUCGCGCUGGAUAGUUAUCACAGAAAUUGUUACCUGGGCUAGACAAAAUGGUACACCUGGCCUUCGCCAACGACUAGGCCAAAACUCACUCCAGACAGCCACUUUCUGCUGAUUCCAUACAACCUUUAAACUUGGUCUGUUCCACAUUUCGGUAUUUCUCAUUUCCAAGAACUUGCAUUUCCUUGGACCUCAUGGCUGAAAGAGUUAAAUAAAAUGAAGCACUUCUUUAUUUUAGCAA